AGAAUGAACCAUUCAUGAUGGCGCGUAGCGAAUGUCAACAAAUAUUUUUUAUUUGACCAUUCAAUUAUACUUAGGCCUAUGUAACAACAAAGCCUUAUAGCUAACGUAAACGAGAAAUUCAUCAUACCAUCCAAUUGGUCAGCUGAUGUGGUAGGGCAUUUUUAAAUAUGACAGACCAAAAGCCAUUUGUGCUAACCUACAAGUCGGAUGAAAUAGACCGCUUGGCACACAGGGCAAUAGAUGGAGUUAGAAGUAACAAGAUCAGACCUGUUGACUAUGAAAAAUUAAAAAACAUUGCAGCUGAAAAGAAAUUCUCUGCACACAAAACUUUGUUGAAAGUCAAAAAAUUUGAGCAUUUAUCGAAACAGAAUAAAGAAAACAACCUUUUAAAACAGCAUAAAAUGGUGUGGCAGAAAGAGUUUAUCAAGUUGAAUAGUUUACGAAAACGUACUCAAGCUGAUAUUGAUAAUCAUAUAAGAACAAAUGCAGGUGAUACCGGUAUAUGUGCGCAGAUUUAUCAGGAGUUUGAAGACAACCAGUCUCGCUUGGAUUCCGACUUUGCAGCUUUUAAAAAAUCAACAACAGAACCUGUCUGGAACUUAAGGGAAGAUUUACAGUUUUGGAUGCAGGAGAAUUUGGCUGAUCUGAGACUUGGUGCACCGGAGACAGUAGAAAAACACAAGGAGAUCAGAUCAAUGGUAGACUCGGUAAAAACUCAACAACAACAAGUACUUGAGAGGUUAAAACAUGAGCAAAUCUGUUUAGAACAAGAAUUGAAACUUGGUGAGCAUGGUGAAUUUGGGAGUGCCAAUUUAUAUCGUAGACCCCAUAUUCAACAAGGGAUACCUGAGGAAGCCUUUGAUAUGGAGUGCCCGGACGAAGAUCUGAAAGCCAAUGUUUUAAAAGAAUUUAUAUACAUUGAUGAAAAGUAUCUGGAGCGGUUAAAUAAUCUAGAAGAAGAUCAUGAAUGGACUUUAAGUCACGGACAAUAUGGAGGAUGGAGUGAGUCUGACCAUACGCAUUUUGUUGUUAUAUAUGACCAGUAUACGUACGAUCUAGCCAACCGUAGGAUGUUGAUAUUUGACCGAAUAAAACGACAAGUACCCGGAAAAACCAGGGCCGACAUUGUAGAGCAUGAGUUCUGGUGGGACACUUACAAAUUUUUCAACCAGAGAAGUAAAGGUAUUAUGGCAGACUGGAAACGGGACAGGGAAGAACUUAUGGAGAAAGCAAGAGCCGUGUUCACUGAAGCCUGUGUAGCUCACGAGUUGGAGGAAGUUAAACUAGAAUAUACAAAGAAACAUGAAGCUUUGAGGGACGCCCUAUAUAACCAGGUUAAACAAUGGCGUGAGCACAAGAUGGAGGUACAAAAGAUACAAGAGGAGAUGUGGAAUCAACAAAGGGAGGAGAUUGAAAUGAAGGCCAAUGAACAGAAAGAGAAAGAAAGCAAAAGAAGAAAUGAGGAUAAGAAACAAAUAAAAGUUUUUCAACAUGAAAAAGAGGAGAAGAAAAGAUUGAGAGAAGAGGCAGACAAAAGGAGGCUUGAGGAAUUACAUAAAGCUUUAGCUGAACAAGCUGUAUUUGAUAAAGAAAGGAUCCAAUAUAGAGAGGAACAGAUACAAAGAAAGAUAGAAGAAAGGAAAUUUCUACAGGAAGAAAAAGAUCUAGAAGAGAGGGAGAAGGAAUAUAGACUAGAAAUGUUGAGGGAAAAGGUGAGAGUGGUGGCAGAGAGUAACCCUGACCGUUUGAUGUCACAGACACAAGCCUGGCAGGCCCGAUUGAAAGAAGACGAGACAGUAGAUAUUCAGAAACCGUUGUUUGAUGUACAUGGGUUCACUGCUACACAGGUUACCUCUGACAACCGAGUUAGACUAGAACAGAAAUUACGAGAGGCGGGAUUACACACAUCAAAUUAUGCUCGACAGAUAUUGAAACAGGUGGCUCCACCACAAGCUCCGAGACGCGAUAUGGUGUCGAAUGUUUUCAAAUAUGAUGAAAAGUGAAUAUCAUAAAAGUCUGUAAAAAUUUGAAUAUUUUAAAUUCGACACAGUGAAUGUUUUGAUGUCAACAAAAAGGGAAUACUUAUAUACUUAUCCUUGACAGUGUAGUGAACUUUUUUGAAUUACAUAAAAUUGGAAUAUUUGAAAUUCAAGGAAGUUCAAGAUUUUUUCAAAUGUGAAAAAAGUGAAUAUUUCAAG